AUGGAAUCAGAGAGAAGGGGAUGGAAUCUGGAAGAAGGGGAUGGAAUCUGGGAGAAGGGGAUGGAAUCUGGGAGAAGGGGAUGGAAUCUGGGAGAAGGAGAUGGAAUGAGGGAGAAGGGGAUGGAAUCUGGGAGAAGGGCAUGGAAUCUAGGAGAAGGGAUGGAAUUUGGGAGAAGGGGAUGGAAUCAAGGAGAAGGGGAUGGAAUCUGGGAGAAGGGGAUGGAAUCUGGGAGAAGGGGAUGGAAUCUGGGAGAAGGGGAUGGAAUGUGGGAAAAAGGGGAUGGAAUUAGGGAGAAGGGGAUGGAAUCUGGGAGAAGGGGAUGGAAUCUGGGAGAAGGGGGUGGAAUCUGGGAGAAGGGGAUGGAAUCUGGGAGAAGGGGAUGGAGUCAGGGAGAAGGGGAUGGAAUCUGGGAGAAGGGGAUGGAAUCUGGGAGAAGGGGAUGGAAUCUCGGAGAAGGGGAUAGAAUCUGGGAGAAGGGGAUGGAAUCUUGGAGAAGGGGAUGGAAUCUGGGAGAAGGGGAUGGAAUCUGGGUGAAGGGGAUGGAAUAUGGGAGAAGGGGAUGGAAUCUGGGAGAAGGGGAUGGAAUCUGGGAGAAGGGGAUGGAAUCAGGGAGAAGGGGAUGGAAUCUUGGAGAAGGGGAUGGAAUCUGGGAGAAAGGGAUGGAAUCUGGGGAGAAGGGGAUGGAAUCGGGGAGAAGGGGAUGGAAUAUGGGAGAAGGGGAUGGAAUCUGGGAGAAGGGGAUGGAAUCUGGGAGAAGGGGAUGGAAUCUGGGUGAGGGGGAUGGAAUAUGGGAGAAGGGGAUGGAAUCUGGGAGAAGGGGAUGGAAUCUGGGAGAAGGGGAUGGAAUCAGGGAGAAGGGGAUGGAAUCUGGGAGAAGGGGAUGGAAUCUGGGAGAAGGGGGUGGAAUCAGGGAGAAGGGGAUGGAAUCCGGGAGACGGGGAUGGAAUCUGGGAGAAGGGGAUGGAAUCUGGGAGAAGGGGAUGGAAUCUGGGAGAAGGGGAUGGAAUCUGGGAGAAGGGGAUGGAAUCUGGGAGAAGGGGAUGGAAUCAGGGAGAAGGGGAUGGAAUCUGGGAGAAGGGGAUGGAAUUUGGGAGAAGGGGGUGGAAUCUGGGAGAAGGGGAUGGAAUCUGGGAGAAGGGGAUAGAAUCUGGGAGAAGGGGAUGGAAUUUGGGAGAAGGGGAUGGAAUAUGGGAGAAGGGGAUAGAAUCAGGGAAAAGGGGAUGGAAUCCGGGAGAAGGAAAUUGAAUGAGGGAGAAGGGGAUAGAAUCUGA